CUUCCGCCAUUGAAGAACAAAUGCAAAGCUUUACAACACCUCCACCUUCUGCUUCUGCUUCAGACUUGUAUUGCCAUUCUCCAUUCUACAUUAGAGCAGAUGAAAAUGGAAGACCAGAUACGCGUUUGGCGGAUCUUGGAGACCUUCAACACUCAUCUGUCUUCCAUCAAGAGGAUGCUGUUGAUUUAAGCAGAAGUUCCAUAUAUAAUGAAAUAAAAGCAGGGAAUGCAGCUCUUCUUUCUAAUAACUUACAGUUUCGGCCACAUCACAUGAACUUUGGGUCAACAACAGAGAUGAGUUCCAUAGGAACAGGGGAGUUCAUGAUGCAACACCAAAAAGGGACUCCAUCAACCAUGGUGGCCAGUGGCGGUGGUAGUGGUGGCGGUGGUGGUGGUCUGGGGAAAGGGCAUUUUGAGAAUUGGGGAGAGUCUGCCAUUGCAGAUAAUAGCCAACAAACUGACACUUCUACUGAUAUUGACACUGAUGAUAAAAACCAGUUUAACAGUGUUCAACAUGGAGGACAACUUGCAGUAGAUUCAAUGGGGAAAAUUGGAGACCAGAAGAUCCUUAGAAGGCUGGCUCAGAAUCGCGAAGCCGCUAGGAAAAGCCGAUUAAGAAAGAAAGCUUAUGUUCAGCAGCUCGAAAAUAGUCGGCUUAAGCUCUCACAGCUUGAGCAAGAGCUUAAACGAGCUCGUCAGCAGGGUAUGUUUAUUGCUACCGGAGUUUCGGGCGACCAGAGUCAUUUAGUUGGUGGAAAUGGAGCUUUAGCGUUUGAUAUGGAUUAUGCACGAUGGUUAGAUGAUCAUCAAAGGCUGAUCAAUGAUGUACGGUCGGCUGUAAACAGUCACGUGGCUGAUAACGAGCUUCAUCUUCUUGUUGACGCGGUUAUGUCACAUUACGACGAUAUCUUCCGGCUUAAAAGCAUAGCCGCAAAGUCUGAUGUGUUUCACAUGCUCUCUGGCAUGUGGAAGUCACCGGCCGAACGCUGUUUCAUGUGGAUUGGCGGCUUUCGCUCUUCCGAGCUUCUCAAGAUACUCGGGAACCAUUUGGAGCCGUUGACGGAUCAACAGUUGAUGGGGAUAUGUAAUUUGCAGCAAUCCUCACAACAAGCUGAGGAUGCUUUGUCUCAAGGGAUGGAAGCUUUGCAACAAUCCCUUGUUGACACGCUAUCCUCGGCCUCCAUGGGGUCCACCGGCGCCGGAAACGUGGCUGAUUACAUGGGACAGAUGGCCAUCGCCAUGGGCAAGCUUGCCACACUCGAAAACUUCCUUCACCAGGCUGAUCUACUGAGGCAGCAAACGUUACAACAACUGCAUCGGAUCUUGACCACACGGCAAGCUGCGAGAGCGCUUCUUGUCAUAAGCGAUUACAUGUCACGUCUUCGUGCACUGAGUUCGUUGUGGUUAGCGCGCCCAAAGGACUGACCGUUGAUCGGAUUCUUUUUGGUUCAAUGAUCUUGAAAGGUUAGCCGUUAUAUGCUAAUUUAAACCGGUUUGACCUCGAAAUCAUUUUCCAAAACCGAAAACUGGCUUGAAAACUGUAGUUUGAGAAAAUUUUGAUGGGAUUUUUAGGGUUCUUCAAUCUUGUAUACUUGCUUAGUUUAGAAGCUGCAUUGGUGAAGAAGGGAUUCAGAUGGUUGGUUAGGCCUUUUGAUAUUGUAAAUUGGGAUAGGCUAUUUCAGAGCUCAAAUUGACAAAUCCAGAGCAAUGUACAACUUUC